AUGCAAAUGAAAAACGAGCAUCAACAGGGUGUCAUUGAAGAGUUUGAAAAGAAAAUUCAGCGAUUGGAAAAUCGUCUUGAAAAAGACAAAGAAGAAAAAGAAAAACUUCAAAAACAAUUAUCAGUUGUCUUGACGGAAAAUGCAGAACUCAAAAUACAUCGCUCACUGAUGGUGCUUUCUGGCUAUGAAUCAAAAACUGAGUAUCUCAGCUAUUUUCUCAAACCAAACGGAUAUCAGAUUCCUCGGGCAAUAAACAUGCCUUCUUCUAGUAAUGCACAUCACUACCUUUACGCAUCGAUUUCUGCUCUGAUUUACGGAAAUGUCUAUAUCUUUGGUGGAUGGUCAGAAUAUAAGUUCCGGAUUGCGGUUAUAUCUGGCUGUGAGAUCCAAGAGCUAGAAAAUAAACUCAAUUUUAAUUAUGACUGGAACUCUGCAGCAUUAACGGCAGCGAAUCAACAAUCAGCUUUGCUCUGCUUUCCAAACGACGAAGAAUGGAAAAAAUGCGAAGAAUUCGACGGAACCUCUAUUUCAAUGAAACCGGCCACGAAAUACUCGCACAAAGCUUCCUGUUUGGCUUUCUUGAACGACGAAGUCAUUGUUGUCAGCUCCUGGGAAUAUGACGGCCCCAAAAAGGUGGAAAAUUUCAAUGGCGUUUCUUGGGCACAGAGAGGAGAUUUUCCAAAGGCAAUUUAUCUCCACUCCUGUAUCGGAGUCCACCAUGGAUAUCUUCUCUUCGGGGGUCAAUAUGAAGACCAAGGUGAAUAUUACCACCCAAAAGAUGUUUAUUUACUUCGCAAAUCCGAAUGGACAGUGGUUGGCCAACUAAAAAAAGGGCACACUUACUCCUCUGCAACGAAGAUUGGAAAUACGAUUUAUCUUGUAAGCGGCAGCAGCAAACCUUUUGCUGUUGAAAAACUUGAAUGGGAUGGAGAAAAAAUAUCAUCGGCAAAAGUCAUCAGCGAUCACUCGAGCGAAUUUUAUCGGCCGAUUAUUUUUCCUGUCGAUAAAUUCUACUGUGCAUAA